AUGGUAUAUUCGCCUCAAAGACCCCUGUAUGCCUCGUCGUCGUCGUCUCUGUCCCACGAGGACGAAAAGUUUUCGAGCCCCGUCUCACCUCUCGGCAGCCCAUUGCUUGACAACCCAACCGAGGGCUCUCACAAGAUCAAAUACCAGCCUAGGCAACAAUGGGAUUGGGCCAUUGAGACGAAUCAUCGCCCAGUCGACGUUACCCUCACCCUCCCUCACUAUCGUGCACGGAAUCAACCUCUGAACCAUCGCAUGCGAAUGUACGUAGGCAGUUCAACAGGCCACAUCAAGGCGAGAGUGUCUCGCCAACCAAUCACCCACACACCCUUCUAUCUCGAGAUUCAAGCCGACUCUUCCGACGUGACUGUCUGGCUCCCGUCGGACUUCCGCGGGCGCAUACGCUACCCCCGCGGCUCGCGGCUCGCCUUCUCACCCGGCUUCACCAACCAGAUCAUGCAGCGCGUCCGUUUCGCUCGCCCCCGCGACAGCUGCAUCGAGGCGCUCGAGGACGGCGCAGACGAGCUAAUCGUCAUCACCACUGGCACUAUCUCCCUCCGCAUGUGGGAUGUCAGCACGGGCGCGCCUGAGUGCAAGACCCGCGAGACGUGGAGGCGAGUUUUCGGGUGCGGGAGGAAGGCUCCCGAGACGCCCAUCGACUGGGACUUCCUGCUGGACGGCUGAUCCCCCGGCGUCGUCACCCUUCUUCCUUAUUCUGUGUCAAUUCGAAACUGGACCACCAUUUCCUAUGCGGCAUGCCGCGUAGAUCACUUCUGCCCACUUCACACAUGGAUUCGUUCGGGGCGUUAUCAUAGCAUCCAGCAUUAUACAACAUACCGCGCAUUAUCUAUGCAUACUUCCCUCGUCUUACCUACGCAUAAUUGUAUCGAUAGCUGCUCUCUCUGACUCUCGUCUUCGUAUGCCUCAGCC